CAAAAAAAAAACCAUUGUAAAAGCUGAAAGAUUGAUUUGAACUAUUUUGUUACAAGAUUGCAAUUUUAAGGAAUCUAUAGAUUCACGAGUUAAAAUCUGUGAAUAGAACAAAGAUGCGGAAGUGGAUUUGUUGUGCACGUAAACAAGAAGUUUCGGGUUCGUCAAAUGCUCAGUUACAUCUGAAAAUUCCAAGUCGUGCUGUUGCGAACCUUGAAGAGGCACGUCUUUCCAUUGAAGUUCCUCCCUUGUCUUUGGAUGAGAUUAAAGAGAAAACUGAUAAUUUUGGAUCAAAGUCACUUAUUGGUGAGGGAUCUUAUGGAAGAGUAUAUUAUGCAACUCUUAAUGAUGGGAAAGCAGUUGCUUUGAAGAAACUCGAUGUUGAACCCGAAGCUGAAACAAACGCAAAGUUCUUGAGUCAGGUUGCCAUGGUUUCAAGACUAAAACAUGUGAAUUUCAUUCAACUGUUCGGUUAUUUUGUUGUUGACAACCUUCGUGUUCUUGCGUAUGAGUUUGCAACAAUGGGAUCACUACACGACAUUCUCCAUGGCAGGAAGGGAGUUCAAGGUGCAAAGCCAGGUCCAACACUAGACUGGUUAACGAGGGUGAAGAUAGCAGUUGAGGCAGCUAGGGGUUUAGAAUACCUUCAUGAGAAGGUUCAGCCUCCUGUAAUACAUAAAGACAUAAGAUCUAGCAAUGUUCUUUUAUUUGACGACUAUCAAGCAAAAAUUGCUGACUUCAACCUCUCAAAUCAAGAUCCUGAUAAUGCUGCUCGUCUGCAAUCUACAAGAGUCUUGGGAACCUUUGGUUAUCACGCUCCUGAAUAUGCUAUGACUGGACUUUUAACACCAAAGAGUGACGUUUAUAGUUUUGGUGUUGUACUUCUAGAGCUUUUGACAGGGAGGAAACCUUUAGAUCAUAAAAUGCCACGAGGACAACAAAGUCUUGUAACUUGGGCAACACCGAAACUCAGUGAAGAUAAAGUGAAGCAGUGUGUAGAUCGAAAGCUAAAAGGAGAAUAUCCUCUUAAAUCAGUAGCUAAGCUAGCAGCAGUGGCAGCAUUAUGUGUGCAAUACGAUGCUGAUUGUAGACCAACGAUGAGUACAGUAGUAAAAGCUUUGCAGCGGCUUCUUAAACCUCAUGUGCCAACUUAAGUUUGUGUAUAUCUAAAGUUCUAAACACACAAAAAACUAUCGUUACC